UGCAUGAGUGCGUGUGUUUGAGUGUGCGUGUGUGUGCGAGAGUGUGUGUGUGUGUGUGUGCAAGAAAGGAAAGCACCCCGGGGGGAACAAGGUGCAGGCGACAGUGCAGCGGACGGAUCUUUUCGUGUUGGAGGGGGAACAGUUUGUGAAAAGGUCCAGAGAAGGAGAGUCGAAGUGCUGCCCCGCGUGCUUCCUGGACACGAUUCUUGAGAGUGCUGCCCGUUUAUUCACGGUGUUGGUGUGACCAGAGGUUGUCCUUCCCUACAGAGGGAACACUGAAGAAACACCAUGGCCUUAGCGGGAUGCCCUGACUACUUCUUACGUCACUCGAACUACCAGGAAAGCAUGGACCGCACUUCCUCUCGCAGAACUGAAGAGCUGAUUGUUCCAGGCUUUCAGCGUGCGGCCAAUCAAAACCUGCCACAUCACCAUGACGACGAUGUGGACCUGGAGCAGCUGGUGAACGACAUGAACUCCUCCAUGGAGAGUGUGUACUCCACGCAGGCGGACACGGCGCUGCUCCUGAACCACCACCACCACCACCAUGUGCCCCCUGCCUUCCCGGGACAUGGCCAGGCCCACUUCCGCCACACCACCUCCCCCUCCAGGGAGAGGCUGCGGCACUCUCAGCCCAUGCACAUCCAGGCCGUCAGGUGCCUUCAGGAAGAGCAUCGGCUGCGUCCAGCCUCCCUGCCCGCCAUCCCAAACCCUUUCCCUGAGCUCUGCAGCCCUGCAGGCUCCCCCGUCCUCAGCCCCAUGCAGACCUCCAACAACCAUAUAGUGAAGGUGUGGAGCGAGGAUGGGGCCGGCAAAGUGGUGGAGAUCCCGGCAGACAUGACGGCCAGAGAUGUGUGCCAGCUCCUGGUCUACAAGAGCCACUGUGUGGAUGACAACGCCUGGACACUAGUGGAGCACCACCCUAUCCUGGGCCUUGAGAGAUGUCUGGAGGACCACGAGCUGGUGGUUCAGGUUCAAGCCUCCAUGAGCAGUGACAGUAAAUUCCUCUUCAGGAAGAACUAUGCCAAAUAUGAAUUCUUCAGAAACCCCCUGAACUUUUUUCCAGAGCAGAUGGUGGCCUGGUGUCAGGAGUCCGACGGCUCAAUCCCUCAGUCACAACUCUUACAGAACUUUCUAAACUCCAGCAGCUGUCCAGAGAUCCAGGGCUAUCUGUAUGUGAAGGAGCCCGGACGCAGGUCCUGGAAGAAACUCUACAUGUUCCUGCGACGCUCCGGGCUUUACUACUCCACUAAAGGAACGUCCAAGGAGCCCCGACACCUGCAGCUGCUCUCAGAUCUGGACGACAGUAACAUCUUCACCAUAAUCUCAGGCAAAAAACUGCACAACUCUCCCACAGACUUCCAGUUCUGCAUCAAGCCCAGCAGAGUGACGAGUGACUGUAAGGAGCUGAAGAUGCUGUGUGCCGAGGACGAGCAGAGCAGGACCUGCUGGAUGACGGCCUUCAGACUGCUCAAAUAUGGGUUAGUCCUUUAUCAGAGCUACAACGUCCCCCAUCAGAGGAAGUCCAGUCUUUCGCCUUUUACAGCACCUGUGCGGAGUGUAUCUGAGAAUUCGCUGGUGGCCAUGGACUUCUCCGGGCGGACCGGGCGCGUCAUCGACAACCCCGUCGAGGCCCAGAGCGCCGCCGUGGAGGAGGGACAGACCUGGAGGAAACGGAGCCAGCGUAUGAAUGUCCUGGGCAGCCCGAGCCCCCUGCACCCCUCCUCUCUGAGCACAGUGAUCCACAGGACACAGGUUUGGUUCCACGGUCGCAUCAUGAGGGAGGAAGCCCACAAAAUGAUCAUUCAACAGGGCCAAGUAGACGGGUUAUUCCUGUUGCGGGACAGUCAGAGUAAUGUCAAGGCAUUCGUGCUCACCUUGUGCCACCACCAGAAGAUCAAGCACUUCCAGAUCCUACCGUGUGAGGAAGACGGUCAGGUGUUCUUCAGCCUGGACGACGGCGCCACAAAAUUCACCGACCUGAUCCACCUGGUGGAGUUUUACCAGCUGAACAGAGGAGUGCUGCCCUGCAAGCUGAAACACCCGUGCACCGCUGUGGCCUUGUGACACUCCACAACCCCGACACCUCCACCACCUUUUUUUGCACACCUCUGUCUCACCCUGAGAUCCCACCGCCCCCGUCUGCCCCUUCCUCACCGAUGCAGGUGAGGGGAUAGAGAAGUCAAGUUUGAGGAUGUGAACUCACCGGGCAUUGGAGGGUUUUUUUUUCCAUUUCCCUCCCAAUGCGGCAACGCUUUUCUCCAGCCUUACCGCUGUUUGGAUCGUCAAGCGCUGCAGAUGGAGGACCCAGCAGUUGGCCAAUGUUGUCAUGGAGACCCGACUGUUUUGUCACUGCCGUUGGAGAGAGACCAUGUGAUGUGAAAACACGAGUCGGAGAAAGUCUGUUCAGCGGGUCCCUUAGGAUGGAUCCCUCCCUCAUCCUCCAGGCCUGAUAAGCUUUGGUGCCUGACCCACCCUCCCUCCUUCAAGGGGGGGGGCACCCUCUGACUUCCUCAUCAAUCAUCAGGGAUGGACGGGGAGCCUCUCUGGAUCCUAUCAAACCCCAAUCCAGGAGUUUCCUCAACCUUUGCAGUCCAGUCUGGAUAAGCUGACACCCUUCUCCCCUUCUAAAGCAGACUCGAUGCAGCCUCUCUGCUGUCCCACAAUCCCCUGGUGCAACCCCCCCCCCCCCAUAUUCCACGAGCAGAGCAGUGGCGAGGGUUUGCUGAAAGGACAGAGGAAUGUUUAUCAGGAAAGGCUGCGACAAGCCUCUCCUGUAGAGUUGAUUACUUGAUGUCAUUUUAAUGCUGUUUUUAUUACUGUUGAUUCAAUGCAGAACUAGUUUUGCACUCCCGGGCGGACAGACGACAGCUGUCCUCUCUAGCUAAAUGAGGCUGUCUGCUCUCUGUUCGUCCUCCUCCAAACCCCCCCCCCCACACCUUAUGAAAAGCAUGCUAUGAAUUUCCAGCAAUUCUGAUUGGAUUACAGUGAGCAAAGAGAGUUAGGGCUGAUUAUGCCGUGCCUUUCAGAAAAAAAGGUUUGGGGACAGUUUUGGACCUCCGUGUGGCAACAAAAACGAAUGUGCGUCUCAGGACCAUGAGGAAGAGGGGGGAAGACUGUUGAAUAGACUCCUGAAAAGUGUGUCCACCCCCAAGCUUCUACCAUUUUUAUUAGCUUUUUGAAUCGAAAGGGUUAAAUCUGUUGGUGAGUUUUGUCCUUGAAUGUCAUUUUUUCUUUUUCCUAAGUCUAUUCUGAGCUCACUGCUUGCACAUUUUUAAUUAUUGAUUUGAUAUUGAUGGUUGGAGCUGUCAUGUUCGGAUUCUGACCACUGUUCCCUCACUCCAGAAAAAGACAAAUCAACAAAAGCACUCCCACAACGUUUAUCCUUUUUCGUUUUUUCGUUUCGUUUAAUAUGGUAAUUGAUCAAAUGACUUGAAAUGUGAACUCAGUAGAUUGUGCGUCAACACACAGUGGAAUGAGAUUCACUCGCCUUAAGUGAAAAAUUGUGAGCCUUGUGUAUGAAAUCGAAGCUAUAUAUUAUAAUGCACAUACAGUAACAUAUUUCAGACUUCAAGAGGAUGGAGUGGUAUCAGGAUUAUGUCAAAUGGCCCAGAGUUAGAUGGAAAGAUCGAUACCACUCAUGUCUGUACGCUGAAUUUAAAGCUAUAGCAGCCAGCGGCUAGUUAGCUUAGCACAAAGAAUAGAAACAACACCCAGGCUCUGUCUAAACGCAAAUCCAGCACUUUAUAACUACUCAAAAAGCAACAUAUCUCCGUCUGUCUGUGGGUAUGUUUAUCCACAUAUCUUGAGAACGCCUCAUCCUCUCUACUCCACAUUUAGCUUCUGUAUUGCUAGCGAACCAGAGUGCAGUGCGGAGUGUGUGGUGCAAUUUGGCCAAAAACUAUCACUCAAAAACGUUUUGGACGCUAUCUUUUUAACUUUACAUCUCAUUAACAAAAUGAGUCCUUGGUUUUGUGGAUCCACACCAAUCUAUCCCUAAACGAGAGAUCCAUCCACUUUUUAAACCAUUGCCAACAUAUUUGAAACAUGGCUGGACCAAGCAAAAAUAAGUUGCUUUUUUAAAAUGUUUUAAAGUUCAAUACUGUUUAGCUAUAUCUUCCCCUCGAAGUAGGGCAUUGGGAAGGGUUUAUAUUACAAAAAUUGACAUAUCUCCUGAAUAAUUGGUGCUAUUACGAGGACAUUUUGGUGGCCAUUUGUAGAAAUGAUAUCUGAGUGUCCAUGACGACUGUGACUACAUAGCAGCAUCAUUUAUCUAUAAAGGAAGGAACCUCUGUGUGUGUAUGCAUGCAUGUCCCUUGCAAAUAUAAAGAAUCAUUCAUCCAAUUGACUUCACACUUGGGGGGGGGGGGGGGGGUUUCUGAGGAACCCAAGAGAGCCAGAGUCUGAAGUUGAUUGGAUGAGUGGUUCCUGAGAAAGAUGCAAUCAAGGUCCACUAGUCUUUGUGCUUUAACCCGGGGUCAUGUGCUGGACUAUUUCUCCACAGUGAUUUCCUUAGCUAAGAAAACAGGCUGUUGGCAGUCAGUAGCUUCAGAUCUACAGUGCGGACCACAACGCCUUUAUUGUGAUAUCUUUGACAUUUCUUUUUUUAGAUAUGUAUGACCUGGGGUCCAGUCCCUAAUUGUGUGAAAUAAACUGAACUACAGACAUGACAUUGGUAUCAAUCUACUCACCUAAAUCAUCGCCUAACAGCCAAUAAGUACUGAGUACUACCCUAAGUGACAAGCUAUUCCUAAAAAUCCACUUGAACAAGAUUGAGAAUGUUCUGGUUGAGUACUGUACUUACUUUGUGUAAAAACAAUGUAACAUCAUGUUCACAUAUUUCCAGCAUCUUCCACGGGAACGUGAUAGCGUCAGAGGUGAACAUCAGGUAGAGGUGUCAGUCCCUCACAAACAAACAAAAGGAUGUUUUUUUAUUCAUUGCAUAGCCAUUUUAAAACAAAUGUACACAAGGAUAAAUUAAGCAGUCUUUCCACCAGCAGUAGCCUCAGUAAACCAGAAUGCCUUGCAGCCAGCGUAUAUCGAGUGACGGCAAGGUCCUAUACAUAUCAUUACUUCAUAAUUCAACAGAAAAAUAAUGGCAACUAUUUGGAUGAUCAAUAACCUUUUUAAAGCAAAUCCCCUCGGAAGAAAUACAGUAGACUGAAUAUCUUGAGACUCUUGGACAGAAAAGCUAUUUGAAGACAUCACGUUGUUGUCCAGCAAAAUAUUAUAGACUUUAUUUAAAAAAUGUCAUCCAUUCGUCAUACAAUAUUACAAAUCUAUCAUCAAAAGCAAUAAUUGCAUCCUUACAUAAUUUAGCUAGUGUAGCUAACGGCCAAUAUUCAUGGGAAACAGCUUGUUUUACUAUAUUUUGGUUGGUUGUGGCAAAGCAUUCUGGGAAGAUUAAGUAAAAAGGAUACAAGGUGGGCCAACAAUUCAAAGUUGUUAAUCAGAACACUAGACUUAUAGUUAAUGACUAAACAAAUCAAACUUAAAACUGUUGUGUGUAGAAUUGGAAAAAUCCAACGUUGGCACCCCCUAGUGGUCACCUGUGAAAACAACAAGUAUUUACACAUGCUUUAUUCUCAUACAAAUCCAAAUGUAGUGGCUUCAUGAUGUAAUCUGAGUGGAUUUUCUGUAUUUAAAUAUGUCCCUCACUGCCUGGUUGGCAUCCAAAAGACAAGAGACAACCCCAUAUCAAUAGGAACAAAAAAACAGGAGGCAAGAGAGGACAUUUUUGAAGUUCUGCCCUCUCCUCAUACUGCAAUACUGCAGGCAUGUGACAUAACACCUACUUAGCCUCACCUGCACCUCCUCUUCAUCCUGUGCCAGACUCUCAGUUCACAGGGUUAGCACAUGGCCGUCAGACUCCCCGAAGGGCCUACUUAACCCUUUUGAUUGACUCACUGCCAGCACCAGUCGACCAAUCACGUGACUUGAAUGACUCACUAGCUCUGCGCUCUACCAAUCAGGCCUUUUUUCUAGUCAGCCAGGGCAGACUCUCUCCAGGGAUUGGAUAAUGCUUGAACCCCCCGCCCCCCCUUUCCCACCUGUGUCCAGCCUGUUAAGCUAUGGUGAAUAUGUGUGAGUGUGUGUGUGUGUGGGUAGACUGAUAUAUUCACUAUUCAGGAUUCUUCUGGUGAUCAUUACUUGCCUUUUUAGAGAGGAAGGUUGGUUGUCGGUUUGGGUAACGUAAGCUAAACUGAGGAAUUAGAGGAGGCAGGAGCAUUCCCAGUUUCUAAGUUUUAGGUUCAUUUCCUGUCUGUCAGAGAGGGACAAAACCACCGUCCUCCCCUCGGUUUUUUUUAAUCACUGUGCUACAAUCCUAUACACAAGCCCAAGUACAGUAUAUGAAUAUACCAGUAUACAGUAUCAUUUGUUUUUUUCUAAGUAUGUGAAGCUAUGGAAGACGUAGAUCUAACACUGUACCUAGGUCACAGAUCACUAUGUAUGGGGCGUUAUGCUUUUGCUCAUAACUCCGUGUAAACUGAAGAAUGAUUUAUUUAGUCCUUAUUUUCCAUUAUCUGUGUGUAUAUUGACAUUACUGUGUAUUUUCUUUGGUUUGACACAAAAUGACCUUUUAUAUAUAUAUCUAUAUAUAUUACGUAUAUAUAUAUAUAGAUAUAAAUAAAUCAAAAAUAUAUAUAUUAAAAAAAAGAAUAUACCACAAUAUAUACAGUAUUAAAUUAAGCUUUUUUUUCCAAGAGAUCAAACUGGAUUUUUGGCACGUGUCAAAUUUCUGAACAUCAGUGGUGUAUAAGCUGACAAUUUCUGAUGCCAUUUUCUUUCAAAACUACAUUUUCCCGUUUGUCUUGUCUAUCCACUCAUUUACUUUAGGAAAACACUCCUGUAAAUGUUUGGAUUUUACACACACACACACACUGGUGUUUUUGUCACCGGACAGCACACACACUUAACGCCUAACCCUUCGGGAUAUCUUAGCAGCUUGUAUACACCUUUCAACACAAGUAGUGCAAUUAUACGCUGUAGCUCAAGAGUUGUGCAUUUUACUAUGUCCAUUUACUCCGAUUUUUAAAGGUGCAUAACAGAAAGUCUCUUUUCCUAACUAAGCCUAUCCUCGCAGCAGGUGCCUCUUGUUUGUGAUCAGCAUCGAGUCCUUAGAUGCCAUCCGUCCACUCACUGCGUUCAUUUACAGUAAGCUGCAACUGUGAAGCCUACUGGAACAAAAUCCUAUAACCAGGUCACACACAUCCACGACGGUGACUCACUGAGCAGGUGAAACUGACUUCAUGUUAGUUGUGUUUUCUUAAAUUUUUUCUUAGGUUGAAGUCAUCAUAAGCUGAAGUCAAAUAGACAUUUCAGGGAAAGAAAACAAAAAGAGCGAAUGAACCGCGACCAUUUCUCCAGAUAACCCCACUGUGCUUUGCUUCAUUCUGUCUGUGUGGCUCCUGGAUCUACAUUGUAUCCUGUUCAGGUAUUUUUGUACAAAUAAGGGACUGAUAUAUUCUCUGUUAUUGGAAAUUAGAAUAAAAGACAACAUUGCUAUAAACCAACAA